GGUUAUAAAAUUCAUAAAUGUAAUUUUUUGUACUUUUUAGGCAUGGCUGGGCAACAGCUAUCACUGAAAUCCGGCAACCUUACAUGAAAGUCAUUUGUCCCACUGCCCCCACAAUGCCUGUUACACUGAACAACGGAUACCCCAUGCCAUCAUGGUUCGACCUCAAGUCUCUGGAGGCAAGUGGGCCAGAAGAUGAAGUUGGAAUCAAGAAGGCAGCAGAGUCUAUCCAUGCGAUGAUAGAGGCGGAAGAAAAAGAUGGCAUUCCUUCCCAUCGCAUUGUGCUUGGUGGCUUCUCACAAGUGAGUGAUUCAUUCCUGUUUUUAAUCAAUUUUGAUCAUUUUCAUAAGACUGGAUUUAUAAAAUGUGGUAGUCAAAUAGUUCCUAUAAUAGUAAAUCACUUUUUUAAGAAAGUAAUAUGGUUGUUCCUGAUGACAUAUUUAAAGACAGUUACAUUGCUUUGUUAUAAAGCUAUGAGGUAGUUUAAAAGGCUUGUU